UCGAGCCGGCGCGGCGUUUCCGUCGAGCGUAGCGUCGAGAGAGACGCCGGGGAUGCUAGUAGCGAGGAAGUGCCGGCGUCGAGCAGCGUCCUCCCGCCGGUUACUCGCGCGACGGCGCUCCGAGAACGCCGGCAAGGCUUCCGAGUGAACGAACGGCGACCUUCUUUCGCGACUUACACACCGGCCGACAGCGUUUUUCUGUUUUCCUGCCUUACUAGUCGUCGUGUGCUACACCAUCGAGAGAGGGUCGGUGCGCGUGGCCCAAGUAAUCGUCCAGUGCGUCGACGUUGGUGCGUGCGUGCGUGCUCGCGUGCCUAUCUGCCUCUUGCCUGCUAGCUUGGCUGCGUGCACGCGCGCGCGCGUGCUUCCAUCUAUUCGCGUGUAGUAGGAAAAACGGACCGAGGUAGAACGCGAGGUGAAACGAGAGAUAGGCGGCGUGAUCAACGAGGAAAAGUGUCUUAUAUCGGCGGAAGGUGCAGCACACGUUGGAGACUGAACGAGUUAAGAGCUCGGGGAGAAACUCGGUACCGAGGGAAGGAACAGGGAUGAAUAAUUUAAACGAACGAAUGGGAACAGUCAGACAUAUCGAUUAAAAGAAAGGAGAGAAGAGCAGAGAAGGUUUUAGAGAACGAAGAGAGGCUCGUCGACGGAAUCACGAUAGCUAACGCGAGAUUAAAGAUACCACUUAUAUAUGUGUAUAUGGAAAUAUAUGAAUAUAUGAUAAUUAUUAAAAAGAAAAAUCUACUAAUAUAUUAAACGUAUAUGUCUGUGGAGAAAAAAAAGAGUUAUUAUUCGAAUCUAUUGUUUUAUCUACUCGUUCGAGGUUUACACGUUGUCCGAUAAGAAUAUCUAUGUUAAGCCUAAUGGUGCGCGCGGGAACACGCGCAUAAGUAUCAGCGAGAAACGCGUGAACGAGAACACUUUCGAAUUAAGGGAGAGAAGAACGACCAAAACGAAUGUUGUCAAUUAAUAUUGUAUAUUAUUCAGAUCACUUCCGGAGUUUACGAUUUCGCCUAGUUCAAUUACUAAUUACCUUUACGCGCCGUUCCCUCUGUAGCCGUUCUUCGAAUUCUACCUCCAGCUUAAGAAUAAUUUAAGAGAAACUGAAAGAGUCGACAACGAAGGCGAAGAAGAAAAAGAAGAGGAAGAAAGAAAGAAAAGAGGAAAUUGAAGAAAGAAGAGGAAUAAGCGAAAAAAGAAGUAGAGGAAGAGUAAGAGGCAAGAAGGCGUGGAGAGAAGGAACAGAGAGAAGGGUAAAACGGCCUACAAACGUAUUUAGAUUUAGUGCGCGUCACGGGUCCUCGACCGGACCCUUCCCAAUGGUUGUACCUGGUUUAAUCUGCAGUUAAGACUUCACCCGUUCAAAACGGAAGCUACGUUCGGUUUCCGUAUCAUUACGAAGAUAGCGGCAGCGGCAUGAAUGCACGAGACUGGUUACGAAGUGCCAUUUGCAGAGUGCCGCGCGAUCUCGUAUGGUUCGUCAAGAUCGCGCCCAAUAAUUAUCAAACUUUGUGUAUGCAGAUAUAGUGUAAUAGAAAGAACGAAGGGACGAGUUGAUUGGAGGACAGAAAACAAAGAGACAGAGUGACAAUAUAUAAUAUAUAUAUAUAUAUAUAUAUUACGCAUAACGUAGCAAGUGAACGAAUCAUAGUGUACAGUUUGAUCGACGUGUGAAAAGUGAACAGUAGGAGGCAAAAAGUACAAGUAAAGAAGGAGACAGAAAAGGACAAUCAAUAUGGGAAUCGAUAACAGUGCAUCGAAUUACCGUAGUUUGAUCAUGUUGAAAGUCUGCGCUAGAUGCAUUGAAGUGUCGAUCAUGUUCCUUUUCGGGCCACAGGCAACGCUGUAAUUCUGUUUUCAUUCGAGUCGCACAGUAUGCAUGAUGAAUCGCCUCAGGGAUCAUCGACAGCCUAAAUAUCAUACUUGGAGGUUCGUCGAAACAUAGGAGAUACGAGGUCGACUCGACGUAUUGCGUCAGAAAAACGCAAACUUAGAUGAAAAUGGACUCGACGAAGCUGGGUGGGCCAGCCCCAACCAGCCCAAGGGCACACUCGCCAGCCCUACCGGCCUACAGCAGUACCACCACGGAUGGGAACAUCGAUUACAUAAUCGGAGACUAUAUGGAGAGACUCGGCACGAGAUUGAAUACAUUGGAGAACGAGCUGAGGUACGCCUGGAGGGCGUUAGACCUGCUCAGUCAGGAAUACAUCAAGAUGUGGGAGAGGCUAGAGAAGUUAGAGGGCCUUUUAUACGAACAACAAACGGUGAUCAGUCAAUUGAUCGAAUUCUACGCGAGCGGUGGUACUCACGAGACUGCCAACGUGGUGGUGGAGGAGACAUUGGCCAAUCAACAGAGCACCGUUGGCGAGUUGGACGCGAUCGCGAAGAGCAUAGGCGCCACCAUGGGUAUAGAGGAGACGAACGCGAUAAGAGAGAAAUUAGCCCAGCAGGAGAUCGCGAGAAUGCACGGACUCACGCAGGACAGCUCAACCGCUGCCGCGGUAGUUACCGACAUGCAUAGGAACGUGAGGAACCUGGACACUCUGGAGACUCUCGCGGAAGAGAGUAACAUUCCAGACGAGGCGUUCUACAGAAGCUUGAACAACGCGUACAGGGAGGAUUUAAUUUGCGGCGACACGUCCAGACCAACGUCGCAACUGGGUAUGAUCUGGGAGGAGGCGGAGGAUGAGGAUGUGAAUGGAAAGAAAGAGGCGGAGUCGAACAUGUUUGAUAAAGCUAUGACCAAAGAGAAGGAACUCGAGGAAUUGACUACGAAACCAACGAAAGAAGAAAUUCAGGAAUCAGUGACGAAAAAGGAAGAUGAAGCGGACGAGGACGAGGGCGAAGUAUUUAGCGCAGCUGAUUACAAAAGUUAUCGUGGCAAUACGCCUUGUGUUAGCGAACAAGAUCUGGCCCAGCUCUCCAGACUCAGUUCCAUCGACCAAGUCGCCCUGGAAAAAUUACACGAACUGGACAGGUUGACCAAUAAAUUACAAAAGGACUCUCAGAACUUGAUAGAGUUACAGUCGAAGUUAAUGGACUCUCCGAAACGACAAUAUAGUUCCGAAGCUGAGGCUAAACUGGCAGAAGAAGCGAGUAGUAUAGACGAGCAGCUAAGAAAGAUUUACGCCGAAACCGAUGUCGACAGUUGGACCUUCUCGAAAAGUCCCGGAUCGACCGGUCGAUCGAUCUCCAGAGUGAGCACCGAUAGCGGCCUAGCCACUGACGGUGACUUCACAACCCGAUCAAUUUCGCCAAGACUUACGUCCACGUCCAGAACGAACUUAGAUUCCAUUUCGAGUACUUACACUCCACCCAGGCUAGGUAGCUACGCAACAACCGUACGGGAAAAGAGUCCAGAGCCAAUGAUCCAAUUGCCUAUUGACGUUGGUAGCUUCGCCAAAGGCUACGCGGAGAACAAAGAACUGACCGACCUCAUGGCCGAAAGCUUCGCGGCUGUCACUUGCGCCUCUCCCACCAUUUACAGCACCACUACUGACAAAAUCCCAUCUCCUACUCACUCUGCGGGAAGCGUCCAUAGUGUCCAUAGCGUCCACAGUGUGCAGAGUCUUCGAACCAGGCAGGACGGUUACUUCGGUAGCACUGCUCGACUGAAUUUAGAAUUCCAGGAAAGUAGAACGCCUCCAAGUCCGUCACCCAGCUCGCCACCUCCGCCAGCUCCUCGAGACUCAGCCGAGCCUUUCCUGAUGCCAGGACCCGAUCAGAGGGAUGCUGAAACAAAACGACCUCAGAGUCCCGCGUUUUUGAGGAGCACGGAGAAGCUGGUUUCCCUGGAGCAAGGUCGCCUAAGUCCACGAACUCCUCACUCGCCUAAGUCGCCACGAGUCUCGCCUAAGCACACAGUCAAGCCAAGCGUGGCCAACAUCGUCGCAGCUAAGUCUGAUUCCGGCCUAUCUUCAAUGAGUGGGUGGAGCAGCCUGGACAAGUCGCCGAGCUCGCCAAAAAGUUCAAUCACCAAGAUGCUCACUUCGUAUUCGGUAGAUCAUCCUAGAUCAACUUUAGUCCCAAGUACAACGACGGUCAGAUCUGCCAGUCCAAUUCCACCUCUUCCGGAAACCACAACCUCGGUCAUUACGCAGGAACCGCUGUACGAUACGCCGGAAGGAAGAGACGCUUUCACGAGUACUACCACCGCCACUUAUACCGUUACGAGCCACUCCUACACUGCGGCCAUGAAUCAUUUGUCAGCCUACACGUCGAUAAAGACACCGACCACCAAAGAGGAGUACAGUUUUGUACCUCCUCCAGCACCCAUCGCGACCACUUGUCAGAGUCCAAAGAAACGAAGUCGCCAGCAAACUUUACAGCAUACUUACGACACCGUACCGCCUGGAACGACGAUCGACUAUGUGUAUAGGUCUGAGCAACCUGCCAUUUAUUCCGUAGCUGGGAGCAAUCGACAACAGGCCAUCACGAGCGUCUAUACCAGCAGCGCUGGGGGCUAUGGUCCGAAAACUACGACCACUGCUUACUAUCCAGAUGCAAUGGACCAGUAUAACAGCUACCCGGAUAAUUAUAGCGCUGUUCAAUAUACGGAAUCGGCCGCUGUAGGAGGUCAUCUGAAGAAACCUUCACGAGGCAGCGCGUACACCGACGGAAUGACAAACCACGAAGGGUACAAAGCCGCCAUGUAUCGCACAAUGUUCCCCACGGGGAAUAUCACGGACGCACUAUCUUAUUAUCCAACUAGCGCGAAUCUACCGCGAACGGAGACGAACGAGACUUCGUGGCUGAAUUCGAUGGAAGACCAGAUACCUCACGAUUCGACGUCCUCCAGUAUCAGAUCGCUAACAUCGGACGGUAGCUAUGCCCAAAGCCCGUACACCGAUAGAAGAUAUCCUCAGCCACCGACGUAUCAGGCACAUCAGUAUCAUCACACUUAUGCGAAUCAGAACUAUCCACAAGCUUAUCAGCAACAGUACCAGCCAUACAGUCAAAGGUUGAGUAGUUCCGAAAGCGCACAACUUACGGAUGGAUAUCAGAGACAACGGCAACGAGAACAUCAAUACAUUCAGGACCACGAAACAGGAAGAAUGCCUAUUGAUCAAACGCAACAUCAACAAGAAUAUUACGAUGCUUCGAGCGUGAUAGUAUCUCAAUCAGGGUAUAUUAGUAUUGCGUCGAAUUUGAAGGACCACGAGAUAGAAAAUGCGAAAGCUGGCAAGAAGAUAAAACGCGGUUCGUCCUUAAAAAAUGCUAUGAGCUCCAUGAGCAACUGGUUGCCUGAUCUACACUUGAGCAAACGACACAGGAGUCACUCGUUACCUGGUGGAGUGAGGAGGGAAGACUUGGAUAUGUCGCAAGAGCAACAGCAGAGGCUUCCGCAGGAGGCAGGUAUGGCAAGAGGUCGUGGAAGAGGCCAGGCAGCCAGGAAGAAGAAGAAACACACUUUGGUGUCCACCGUAUCCGGAAUUCUUCAGAAGGCCAAAAGACGAAAUCAUCAAUCUCAAUCUUUGUCGGAUCCUGAACAGUCCGAAACCGAAUGGAGCAGUGGUAGACAGAGUGGUUUGUCAGAGGACGAAGACAGCGUGAUGUCGGACGUAAAUCAAGAACCUCCAUUCUUUGCCAAGGUAAAGACAACUAGCACGAAACGUAAACAGGUGCCCCAGCCAGUUCCUCAGCAACAGCAACCGACGACUCAGCCAUUACCUCUGCAACAGAAAGAAUAUAUACAACAACAACAGCAACAGCAAGCUCUCCAACAACAAAUUCAACAGCAUCAGGAGCAGUUACAACAGCAAGCUCUUCAAGAUGGUUGGGCCAAAGAGAAAGAUCAAAAGAAGGAUGUGGAUCAUGAACUUCCUGAACAGAUUAGUGGCUUCGAGGAAGAAACAUCUGGGAAGAGCACAGGUUCUGGUUCUGGCGGUUCGUCGAUAUUUCAAACUGUCGGGGACAUUAAACGAUCCGCUGGUAGCUCCGACGAAGCUCCAAAUGAAAAGGCUCCGAAACUUCCUCCUGUGACUCUGAUGGGCGGUGCAAGUAUGGAAUUUGCGGUGUCUAGAGCAUUAGGCAAGUAUCGUCAGAGACAAUCCUCCACGGUGUCCGAUGAACAGCCUCCCAGUGAAGAGGGCAGCACCGAGAAGAAGUCCGACGAAGGCACCGUUCAAACUCUGGAAACAAGCUUUGAGUUCCCGGAAGAUAUGUCGGAGAAAAGCGAGAGGAGCGAGAAAUCUAGCAGCACCAGGCUUCCCGAGCUGGUAACCAGCAUAUCGGAGGAGGCUCCGCCGUCGGAAGGAAGCCCAUCCGCGUCAAGCACGAAGGGUCAAACGUCAGGCAGUCGAUUCCUGCCGCGUCAUCAGCAGUCCCUCGAAAUUCCAUGGACCGGUUCAAGACCGGGCGAAUUGGACGAGGAUAACCGAAGCACGCAUUCCUAUCGAAGUACGUCGAGGGUCUCAUCCAGGCGGCAAAGUACGGAGGACUCGAUCGACUCCGAGGACGAGUGGUAUCGAUACGAGUUGAGGAAGCUCGAGGAACUUGAGAGGCAAUCGCAGAUAGAGGUAGAGAUGGGCGAGGUGCUGGUAGAGGAACCGGAGGAGACUGAUCAGUACCAACCAGACGAAACGGUAAAGGAGAAGAUGUCUUUCGUCUUGAGAGAACUGAAGAUGAAGGCUGGCACUAUAUCGAAAGAGCAGGCGAAGGAGGAUAAAGAAGAGCUACGAAUGAGUAAGAUCAACGGAACGAUAGCGAAGGAUCGUCGAAUCGAGGAACGAGACAGGUAUCGAGACGAGAAACCUAUUCCAAAGCGAAAAUCUGCGGAAAGUAUCGAAGCGGUGUUUGCGAGGGUGACCGAUUAUCAUACUUGGGCGCACGAAGAGGAAGUUAAGAAAGAGAAACUGUCCUCUGCUAUGGAAGAAGGUUCCUCUGGAGAAACUUCCGGUCCUGAUAGUCCCGUCCAAUCGAUGGACGAGGAGGAAGAAGAGGAACUGCCGAAAGACGUCGACGAACAACCGUCGAGGCGCAGUUCGAGCGGCUCGACUUUUCGACACGGCGAAAAAAUCCAUCCUGGCUCUGAACCGAUCUCUCGAGAAGGUAGCGUAAGUGUACCGCCUAGCGAGGUGUCUGUCAGCAUCCCGGGUGCUUGGGAUUCAGAGAGCACUGUCCUUGAAGGCCUCGAGCGCGACGGAGCUGGCAGUGCAGAAACGGCUACCACGGCGACUUUGAGCCUGCCAAAAAUCAAAAUUGAUUCCUCGUCCUGCGGUAGCUCGGAUGUGACGUUAAAAGAGGGCCAGGUGAGUCCUGGUCCACCUGGAUCAAAAUGGAAGUUGCUGAAAGCGUUGAAAGAACGAAAGGCAGAGGAGAAGCUGAAGGAAGUCGAGGAUUCCAAGGAGACCACCAUUUCUCAGGGACCCACAGCAAACGGCAGUGGACCUGGUGGCGAAUCCGGUGGACGAGGCAACGGGCAUCCAGGAGACAAUCCAUUCUACAGCAAUAUCGACAGCAUGCCGGAUAUUCGGCCGCGCCGAAAGUCGGUGCCAUUGGUCUCCGAGCUGGUCUUGAAGACAAUGGCGGCGACCAAGAGGAACGCGGCUGGUCUGACGUCGGCGGUGCCCAGAGCCACGUUAAACGACGAGGAGCUGAAGAUGCACGUGUACAAGAAAACGCUGCAAGCGAUGAUCUACCCGAUCUCUUCGACGACGCCGCACAAAUUCGUCACCUGGACAGCCACAUCGCCGACCUAUUGCUACGAAUGCGAGGGUCUCCUCUGGGGUAUCGCACGACAGGGGGUGCGGUGUACCGAAUGCGGUGUCAAGUGCCACGAAAAGUGCAAGGACCUGCUCAACGCCGACUGCUUGCAAAGAGCGGCCGAGAAGAGUUCGAAGCAUGGCGCCGAGGAUAAGGCGAACAGCAUCAUCACAGCCAUGAAGGAGAGAAUGCAACAGAGAGAACGAGAAAAGCCAGAGAUCUUCGAGCUGAUCCGGUCAGUCUUCGGAGUCGACGAGGAAGCAUAUGCGGGUCACAUGUCGGCGGUGAAGCAGUCAGUUCUGGACGGUACCAGCAAGUGGUCCGCGAAGAUCGCCAUUACAGUGAUCUGUGCCCAAGGACUGAUCGCAAAAGACAAGAGCGGUACAUCUGAUCCGUACGUGACUGUCCAAGUUGGUAAAGUGAAGAAACGAACCAGGACCAUGCCGAGGGAAUUGAAUCCAGUUUGGCACGAGAAGUUUUACUUCGAAUGCCACAACUCGUCUGACCGAAUAAAAGUGAGAGUAUGGGACGAGGACAACGACUUGAAGUCGAAGUUACGGCAAAAGUUGACAAGGGAGAGCGAUGAUUUCCUUGGACAAACGAUCAUCGAGGUGCGUACGCUGAGCGGCGAGAUGGAUGUGUGGUAUAACCUAGAGAAGAGAACGGAUAAAAGCGCUGUAUCCGGGGCGAUCAGGCUGCACAUCAGCGUUGAGAUCAAAGGCGAGGAGAAGGUCGCCCCUUACCACGUGCAGUACACCUGCCUACACGAGAACCUCUUCCAUAGCUUAUGCGAAAAGAACGACGGCGUGGUGGCUCUACCUCAGGCGAAAGGAGACGAUGCCUGGAAGGUGUAUUUCGACCCACCUGGAGAAGAGCUCGUCGAUGAAUUCGCGAUGAGAUACGGCAUCGAGAGCAUCUAUCAAGCAAUGACGCAUUUUCACUGCCUCUCCACGAAAUAUCUGUGCCCGGGUGUACCAGCGGUAAUGUCCACCCUGCUGGCGAACAUAAACGCAUAUUAUGCUCACACGAGCGCGAGUUCCGCUGUUUCGGCCAGUGAUAGAUUCGCUGCCAGCAAUUUCGGGAAAGAGAAAUUCGUGAAAUUGUUGGAUCAACUGCACAACUCCCUGCGAAUCGAUCUGUCAAUGUACCGAAAUAACUUCCCGGCCUCGAGCCAGGAAAAGCUGAUGGACUUGAAGAGCACGGUCGACCUGCUGACGAGCAUCACGUUCUUCAGAAUGAAGGUGUUGGAGUUGUCCAGCCCUCCACGAGCGAGCACCGUGGUGAAAGAUUGCGUGAAAGCGUGUCUUCGUUCGACCUAUCAGUUUCUUUUUGAAAAUUGUUACGAUAUCUACAACAGAGAAUUCCAAGUGGAUCCAAGCGAGGCGAAGAGAGACGCCGAGGAUCAUGGACCUCGCCUGGAAUCGUUGGACUUCUGGCAUAAGCUGAUCGCGCUGAUCGUUUCGGUGAUCGACGAAGAUAAGAACAGUUAUGCCCCUGUCCUGAACCAAUUCCCUCAGGAAUUGAAUAUCGGUCAACUGUCGGCGGCCACCAUGUGGUCACUGUUCGCGGUGGACAUGAAGUACGCGUUAGAAGAGCACGAACAACACAGACUGUGCAAGUCCUCGGCCUAUAUGAACCUCCACUUUAAGGUCAAGUGGUUACACACCAAUUACGUGAAGGACGUACCGCCGUAUAAAGGCGCAGUGCCCGAAUAUCCUGCGUGGUUCGAACCGUUUGUUAUGCAGUGGCUCAACGAGAACGAUGACGUCUCACUGGAAUAUCUCCAUGGUGCCUUCAGCAGAGACAAGAAGGACGGAUUCCAAAAGAGCAGCGAACACGCGCUGUUCAGCGUAUCCGUCGUCGACGUCUUCACACAAUUAACCCAGUGCUUCGACGUGGUCUCCAAGCUGGAAUGUCCUGAUCCGGAGAUCUGGAAGAGAUACAUGAAGAGGUUCGCGAAAACCAUCGUGAAAGUGUUAGUCGCCUAUGCAGAUAUCGUGAAGAAGGAAUUCCCAAGUCACCUGAAGGAAGAAAGAAUCGCUUGCAUUCUCAUGAACAAUAUUCAGCAACUUCGAGUGCAAUUAGAGAAGAUGUUCGAGUCGAUGGGUGGAGAAAAAUUGGAAGAGGACGCGGCGAACAUUCUGAAAGAACUUCAACAGCAACUGAACGGAGCACUCGACGAUCUAGCCAUGCUCUUUGCAAAGAGUUUGGAACCAAGGAUAACAGCUUCGGUGAAAGAGUUAGGCGAUCUAUUGCUAGCCAUUAAAGGAGGUGGACAGGUGCAACCUGCUCAAAGAAAUAACGUAGCUGUGGAAGCUGACGAAGUGUUGCGUCCUUUGAUGGAUCUUCUCGAUGGAAGUUUGUCGUUGUAUGCUGAAUCUUGUGAAAAGACUGUGCUGAAGAGGCUGCUGAAAGAGUUGUGGAAGAUCGUCAUGAGGAUUUUAGAGAAAACGGUGGUGUUGCCACCUAUGUCGGAUAAGAGCAUGAUGUUCAAGAAUCUGACGGAUAAUGCGAAGAACUUAGCCGCGAAUGCGAAGAUAGAAGACAUGUCGAAACUGUUCAAGAACCACAUGGUUGGUAAACCGGAUGUGAAAAACGCACUGAGCGGUGUAAUGGAUAUUUCUAAAGAAGUAGAGAAGAAUCUUUCCCCGAAACAGUGUGCGGUCCUCGAGGUCGCCCUCGAUACCAUCAAACAGUACUUCCACGCGGGUGGAAACGGUCUGAAGAAGACAUUCUUAGAGAAAUCGCCAGAACUGCAGAGCUUACGAUACGCCUUGAGCUUGUAUACGCAAACAACAGACACCCUCAUCAAGACUUUUGUUACGUCUCAGGUCAACCAAGUGCCGCUGAACAAUGCGUCAAAGAUGCGUCAGCGUCAGCGUUCGAUGAGCAGCGAAAGAGGUGGUGACGAAGGGGAAGGAGCCGAGGGUAUGGAAAGCCUCGAGGAACCCCUUCGCCAGAGCAAGCCCUCUCUUCGUCGAGAGAGUCGACAAGUUCCAGAUACUGCCGGUACGGAGGAAGGCUCGGUCGGAGAAGUCAGUAUACAGGUGGAUCUUUUCACACAUCCUGGAACUGGCGAACAGAAGGUCACUGUCAAAGUUGUCGCUGCGAACGAUUUGAAGUGGCAGCUUGCUACGGGAAUGUUCAGACCGUACGUCGAAGUAAAUUUGAUCGGACCGCAUCUAACUGGAAAGAAGAGGAAGCAAUCGACAAAAUCAAAGAGCAAUAAUUGGUCGCCGCAAUUCAACGAGAGCUUUGACUUCAUGAUCGGCAAUGAGCAGCAGCAACUUGAUUUCUACGAGUUGCAUAUCUGCGUGAAGGACUACUGCUUCGCGAGAGAGGACAGGCUGGUCGGUGUAGCAGUAAUGCAGCUCAAGGACAUCGUCGAGGAAGGCUCGUGCGCCUGCUGGUUGUCGCUUGGUAAACGAAUCCAGAUGGACGAGACCGGCUGGACAAUCCUAAGGAUUCUUUCGCAGAGGAACAACGACGAGAUCGCAAAAGAGUUCGUGAAACUGAAGAGUGAUAUCAGGCAGGAGACACCGUUACCGAACCCUACCUGAGGCUCAGGGUCACAGCAUUAAGCCACGACAGCGAAGCGAUGCGUCCUUCGAGUUUGGAAAGAGCUCGAAGGAGAGAAGGAGAGGGGCGUUGUCCAUAGGGAAAACCAUAGAAGCGUUCGGCCGUCGUUGUCGAGAACGAAGUCUUUAAAAAGCAAACAAAACAAAAUAAUUCAGCAAAUAAACAAAAGAAAAAAAAACGAGCAACACCGCGAGACACAUGCGAUAUCGAGAACGCGUAAGACACAAAAUAAAAAUAAGAAACACACAUUGCAGCAAACACAUAAGCGAGAAAAAUCACCGAUAAGGACGAUCGGCCGAAUCCUUUUCGGUUCCAACGCUAACGUCGGUCAAUGAGGGAACGAGAGACCUUGUCGUGCGACAUCAUUCUUCUCGCUUCCUUCGCAGUCAGCUUCCGGUCGAGCGUGUUCUUCUCUCUUUUUUACGAAUCACAGAGCUUUAGCCCCGUCCCCUAUAUAAACCGAAUGAGCCGAGAAUAAAAAAAAAAAGAAGACAAAACCAAAAGAAAGAAAAAGAAAGAGGGUUUUCGAGUAAACAUGUUGAAAGUCAAGUCCCCGAAUCGAAACGUUCAUCCAGCUAGUGGAAGUCGGACAAAGAGAGUAGAAAAGGGAAAGGGUGAUUCCUCCUACCUUUUCGUAAAAGCGAUAGAAAUGUAGAAUAACAGGAUGAUAAUUGGUCAAGAAUAUGGGAAGAUAUACGGACAGACUUUUCGUUCAAGUAAGUGUCGUAAAAAUGGAAAAUAUGAAACCUCAGGUAUCGAAGAGUGUUCUGAACAGACGCGACACGUAAAAACAGUGCUGCCAGUACGUAAUAUAUUUGGUAAAUAUUCGUAACGUAAGGAGAGGAAAGGAGUUGAAUUAGUCGUAGAUGAUACGUCCAGCGCGGUUAGACCUCGACGUGUACGGACUCCCAGAAGAAACGGAAGCAGUUUGACUGCAGCUAGAGGAAAAGGAAAACGAAGAAGAGCACGAAGAACGAUCGAAUCGGGGUCCGUGAUCGCUAGCAAAUAUACGUUGCAAAUAUAAAUAUAAAACGUGAAUCGGGAGUGUUUUUUUUUUUUUUUUCAAAACUAAAAAAAUACGAAUCGCGCUGCAAUGAGGAAAAUGUAAUACUACAUAUAAAAUAUAGACACUCGUGAGAGACGACGUUUUAGACCGUUUGUUCGGGAUGACGAGUUUACUUGUAGAUAUGUGAAACACAUUGUUGACGAAAAAAAGUUUUUCUAAAUAACAGUUUAACGUAGCAUUGCGUACGACCAAUAGGCGCGUCACGACGUUACUCGGGACGCGCCGUUAGUAAUAAAAUAGGCAUUGUAAUGUAAAGUACGUUCUUAUUGUAAGAAUUAACAAGAGAUCGUAAGAGUCUGAUUAUUGGUGGUGAACGUAUUACGAGGUCCGCUCGAAGACUUCGAUCAUUGCCCGUGAAUCAUCCUUUUGGGUCUCGCUUCGAAGACCUUUAAUACGACGUUUAAUACGAUGAAGAUGUUCACGUACACAAGAAGCCGAUAUUCCGUUCCAGUGAAGAAGAAAAGAAUAAAAAAAGAAAGAAUAACAAGAAGAGGAAGAAACAUACGAGUUAGGAUCCUUUCGUCCGCCUUCAAUUUUCAUUCUACGUACAAUAUCGUGAAACAGAGAAUCCGGUUUUCGAUCUGUUCUAGCCAGAAACUACUAUUUCUACGAAUCGACAGCCUAACUUUUUCGAAAUUAAACUUUAUAUCGUGGUAGAUGUAUGGUAACUUAAAUAAUCAUGUAACUUCGACACUUUCCCCGUUCGACGAUCAUUGCUUUUUGUGUGAACGUGCAAAACCAAAUAUGUAAACGACGAGGUGGAACGCAAGCUUCGAAAAUAACGGACAUCGAUACUUCUUUGUCUAUUCGCUUAAAAAUAUCUCAUCGAUAUUACUCUUGUAUAUAGAUCAAACAUUGUCCACUCGUGGGAACAGUUGGUUAAGUUACGAAGAUCAGAGCCCGCGAUUCUCUAAUGCAAGACUUCCCCCACUAUAUAUGAAGAAUAAAAAGAAAACGAAAAAUCGAGAAAAUCGAGGGCGGACGCGUUAAACGGUCCCUCAAUCUGCUACAAAACGGAAACGAUCCCCGCGGAAGACAUCCUAACGUUCUUCGUUUCGCAUCUAAUGUCGUUCGAAAACUCUGGAAACACUUGUUUAAGAACACAUGUCGCAGUUCUUGCACGAAGCUUCGAUCGGAUCUCCCGAGAAACCUACAUAUGGGAAUAAGAAGGCAAAGAAAAGGGGUCACUGUAAAACAAAAGAAAAAGAAAUAAAGAGACAGAAGAAAGAAGCAGAAGAUGGAAACUAUUAAUAACACAAAAAAAAAAGAUGCACGCGACUUUAAAACUAAAUAAAUUUCAUUCUCUGACCUUCGCAGGUCAAACCAGAUAUACAAUUCCAGAGAUUACAUGAUUAUAUCCACAAGAAAAGUUUCUACUACGUAGUACGUCUAGAUAUACUUACGUAUUGUGUAUAGUAUAUAAAUGCUGAUGUAGCUGCGAGCGCGGGAUAUUCGUCUGAAGAGAAAGCCACCCGAGAAAAAAAAAAAAGGAAAAUUCGGCUAUCUUUACAAUUACAUAUUUACACCAGGCGCUUACCAUAUCCGGAUGAUGCAUGCGUCUACACGCGACACAGGUCAGGCGCAGAACCUUCGAAUAGAAUUCCGUUUAUUAACACGUUAUACAUAUACAUACAAGCGCAUAUCUUUCCAAAAUUACCUCUUACCACGUAACUUUACAUCAGGAAUACAAAUACGUUUCACGAUUGAAAGAGACAAAGGAAAAAAUAAUGGUUUAUCAUUCAUGAAUCGAUGCACCUCUGAAUCUCAUUACGAAAAAUCGUAGGACAAAAUAGAGUUUACGUGAUAAUUUUACCGUACAUAUUUUGUUUCAUAAAAGAACAGGUUUAGCACGUUACUCGUUGACGUGGUUAGAGCGCGUAGAUUCAAAUGUGCCCGGAUCUGUGUAUCCGUAUCGAUCUAAACGACCCUCGACGAAAUGCUCCUCAUGCACAAAACGCGUUGCGGUUCGUCUCUUUUACAACGUUCGCGCUGUUUCAAUCCUGGUGUUUCUUUAUUCAAAAGCGAAUGCGAUGAGAAACGAUUUCGGGCUUGGAAAAGAGCAUCGAAUGCAGAUGAAGAAACAGCAUGGCGUGAGUGAAAUAGAUGAAUAGAAAAUAGAAAAAACAACGUAUGAAAAAGAAAGAGAGAAACGUAAGGGGGGAAAGUAGAAUUGGAAGAGAAAAACACGGAUCCGCGAUCUCGCCACCAUCUUCAUUUGUCAAAGUGUCUAUUUUCUCCGCUGCCUAAGUACUACAUACUAAUUAAUGAAAAAGGGCUGGCGAAUUCGACAACCAGGCCAAGUCCGUCGACGAAACGGGAACAACCUUCUGUGUGUUUCUUUCCGCUGGGAAGCUUCCAUGUCGGUCGACAAUUGCGCUUCGUGGACGGAAUUGACCGCCACUUUUUCCUCCUACUCUCCGCUUCGAUUAAUAUCUCGUAAGCUUAAUGAAAAAAAAAAUAUCUCGUGUAUUCUGUGAUAAUUACCCCUUAAAGUACAUAUACACACGUACACACUUGCACAUACUUACAUGUUCGUUUACAUUUACAGACAAAUAUAUUUACACUUAUACCCGCAAUUAUACGUACUACACCAGAAAACAAACACACGAGAUACUCUGCAUUUCAAACAAGACACAAUACAGUAGUGCUUCUCUAAUUGGUCACAUAUUGGGAUUUCGACUAGCCAGUUAUCGAAGGAAGUGUAUUUCUAGAAAGAUUUUCCUUUAAAGAUUAAAUCCAAGUGAUGACUGAAGUAAGAUAUACUUGACACAUUUGUUUAUUUUAAAUAUAUAUAACAUCGGAGGCCCAGAAAGUCAGUUCCAGGAACUAAUGGGAAUAUUAACAGCUAGUUAACGAAACGAAAUUCUGGCCGGUUAUCGUUGUACUACUAUACAACACGCAUAAGACAUACACAUACCAUACGUACAUGUACUCUAUAUACACAAUACAACAUACAUACAUACAUGCAUACAAAAUUACACGUACCAUGCACGUAAUACACCGAUCCCAAUAGUAACAGUAUUCUUCUCUUUUAAACAACAUUUCGAUUCCUAUUCUCUAUACUCGUUAAACGUCCGAAGAGUCUCGUUGGUGUGUGAUAACGAAAGAUACCGUGGCAAUCGUCGCGAUAUUACAUAGAGAUUGUGAUGAUCUGUCACCUGUCACAAUGUCUACGUGAACGAUCGGUAACAUGACGAGAACAAGAACACUAUGAUAUCGACACGAAAUAAAAUAGGGAACGCAAAAGUAUUCGUUGGAUAAUGAAUGAUAAAGGUAAGAGAACGAUUUCGACGAUCAACGAGGGAGCGGGAGACAACAAUUAGAUAUUUUACACAGUGCCGUUCGAUAGUGAUAUCUUCAUUGGAAUUCACAGAAACGGUAACACGUGAGCCAUGUUUGUUCUUAUGCCGUUCGCAAUCAUAGGAAAAAACAAGGAAAUAUCGUUGUUUACUCUUUUUAACGACGUUUACUCUUUUUUUUUUUUUUUUUUGUUUAGUAUAGUUUAACCUCAAAAUAGUACUGUGCAGAAGAUAAAUAAUGUUCGUAUCGCUGUUCGAGGAGAAGCAUUGACAUACGAAGGUUUACACGACGCUGGCAAACUGAUCUGAAAUGAAUAAAAGUUUAACCCUGCUGGGACUCGCGCGCUGAAUUCAGUUUUCAAGUGCUUUAUCUUGGAUUCUACUCUCUUAAGAUAUCGAAUAUAAUUACGGUACUAAUACAUAAUUUGUAACGUUAAUAUCAUUCUAGUGUUAUAACAUUUACAUGCAUAUUGUUAUUAGAUUAUUAUAAUGUAAUGCGAUGCAUGCUGUGAGUGUUUAGAGAUGAGUGUUUAAUAAUAGAACUAGACUUUAGUCUAUGAAUUUCAUUACUUUGAAUAACUUUGAAUUCAAAAAAAUAUAUAUAUAAAUAUGAGAGAAAAGAUGAAAAAAAGAUGAAAAGGAACAGUCCCUAAAGGGUUAAAAAACCAGUAAUGAAGAAAAAAGUGGGAAACGGAAUGUAUUACUAUCCUUACAUAAUGAAAACGUAUACCCAUAGAUCACUUCAGUAUAUUACGAACGUUUAAACAUUUAUAUUUAUACAGUCGUGAAAAAGAUCCAAAACCCGUAAAUAUUUCUUUCUGUGAUUAAACGUCUCGUUGCACGGAUCGAUCCAUCAUUCUUUUCACAGAACAUCUAAUCAGAAGAAAAGAGAUUGGGACGCGUAUAUUAUGGAACAAGGUCAAGUGUUCGUAGUUCUUGUUCGACGAGAGCGCGAGAUGUCACCGCGAACUUUUGCGUUCAGUAACUGACCAUGGGUGCAAAACCAAAAAAAAAAAGAAAUCAUUCGAAAAACUAGACUUCAGAUUGCUGUAUCGUGAGGACGUGUAGCAGAAGAAACCAUUUAACAAACGAAAGGGGAAAAGGAAAAAAAGAACAAAUAUAUACACAAUUGUUGACAAUACUAUGCUUGAAAAAUCGUACGACGCGUAUAUAAUUGUACUUAACAAAUAUAUUUAAAAAAAAAAAUGGCAGAAUGUUUGUGUUUCGUAAGUAAAGCAUAUUAAGGAAUAAAUUUGUAAUCAUGCGACAAGACGCAUUUGAAAAAAGAAAACAAUAAUGUGUACGGAACACGUAAUUCUGUGCGUACGUGCGGAUGACUGCGUGAUUAUUAGGUAUUAUAUCUCAACGAGUAAUGAGUACAUUUUCAUCAUCCCCGCAAAGAGUGUACCAUUGUUAUUAUCAAAAUUUUUAACGCGAAACCAAGCGAACGAUGAGGAAAAAGAGUUAUAAUUACGGCAUACCGUUGCGCAGCCUCUGAGUAUACAUAGGUGAACCUAAAAGCAAUUGUAUCAGAGUCAAACACGCACAUUCAACACAAGAAAAAAUGAUAAUACGUAUAAGCCCAGAUCUUUAUUAAUAAACGUUUAUUUUUCGUUCGUUCACUCGCA